CGUAACAGAAUCGAUAGAUUGAUGGAUAUUUUCAUAUAAAAACCCAAGUUCUAAGUCAACUCAGCAUUCAGCUCUUGCCUCCAGUUUGAACCGGACAGUAAAAGCCAGUCGCCAUGCAGUCCUUCCAGGUCCUCCUUUGUGUGUUCUGUGUCGCCGUGGGUUUUCAGGCAGCCCAAGCAGCUCUGGGUGGAGGGACAUGCACCAUUCCUGCCGUAGGUGCCGGUCCUGGAGCCAGCACUGUGUGUACAGCUGCCGCCAAUGGCUUCUGUCUCAUAGACCAUUUGACGGUCACAGGAGCCGUCACAGGCGUCACUUACGAUAGCGUGUGUGUCUGCUACACUGGCUACAGCGGACCGCAAUGCGCAACCGCUACCCCCACUACUACUACCACCACCACCACAUCCAACAACAACGCCAUCACUGCCCUGGUACUCGGGGGUCUGGGCGCCUAUCUGCUGUCCCAGAGUGGACAAGGAGGAUAUGGAGCUGAAACAGGAGCACAGGCCGCCCAGGAAGCCCUCUAUCUGCAACAAGCUGGAUUCGGAGUCGGCAAAUAAAAAAAGACUGGUAUAAAGGAAGGUCGAGAUUAUAUCCAACUGCACUCGAUGUACUAUGGUCUAUUGUGUUAAUAAAAUGAGGAGAAAAAACCAACAUUAUUUGUGUUAUUAUAUAAAUAAUUUCAAACACAAGUAUGGAUCAGACAAAACAAUGUCUGAUAGAUAUAUUAAGUGCAUUUGACAAAAUUCGCUGAAUAUCUGCAGUUGAAGCCUUUAAAACUCGUCAUGUUAAUCUUUGAGUACCCUCUGGGCAUUACUAUAGCAUUGAAUCAUGAUUUUUUGAAGUAUACACUCUCAUAACUGCAGCGGUGUGUGCAUACAAAUUGAGUAACGCGCGUUAGCGCGUUAUGAAAAUUUGUAUGCACAC